AUGCCAACUGAGACGUCCAAUGAAUGUCAUUUGCAGCUAAACGCAAAAGUACCUACAGGCUCAUUGUACUAUCCAUGGCAAUCAAAGGCUCAUUUCCUCACUGCUAUUUUGUUUGGGUCAGCACGUGUACCGUUUUCCGAACAGCAGAAGUCGGCAGUUCUUUCGCGGGCCAAGAAGCUAGGAGCUCAAGAUGUACCUGUUAUGAAUGCAGUCAAGACUACUAGGGACGCUAUUGCGAAGGAUUAUUCCAAUCCCCUCAUUUGUUAUUGGAUGCAAGAUUUUCCUGAAGAUGCUGGCGAGGGAAUGUCAGAAACAUGGCAUGGUGAUAAGUCUUUGAAAGAGGGUCGCUCACCACCAGCAGCUCGUGUAGGAGACAAUCACUUUUUUAUGGGGUCCUAUUCUUUAGCAAAGGAUGGACUAAAACACAAUCCUGCCAAGGCUAAAGAACUCUAUGCACUCGGACGUGCGGUUGAAAAAACAGAGGCUGGCUUUAUCGUGAACUGGACUGUGGACUUACAGACUAAUCCCGUGGCAGAGUCCUCUAAAAAAUAUGCAACACUUGCUCCGCAUCCACUUUGCAAGAAAGCAGAUGACCGCAUGGGAACAUCUCAAAACAGUGGCCUCUUCCCCACAUGCAGCACCCAUGGAACUGAUGCGAGCCAUGAAACAAUCAAUUGUCCAAGCUGCAAAAACUGGCAUUGCUGCCUGGGACUGACAAAAGAGUAUAAAGAAUCUGAAGUAGGAUAUAAUAGCAUUUUUGUGUCAGGAGAAGCACGCACUCCUGAGCAUACGGCUGCAGAAAUCAGCAAACAAUUUGAACUGGCAUUCAAGCCAGGUGCUACAGAGAAGAUCAAGGCCGCAACAGCAUCUACUGGUAUAAGCGACAAGACCACGGUGAAAAUCAUCGAUACAUUGGUUGAACUAGGAAAGAAGCUCUGCAAACAUCCCCCAGGUAGUUCUGCAAUGUCUGAGUCUGACAUACGGGCUGCACAGGAAAAACUACUUGGGGAAAUGCUACCUGGCGCUGAUUUUGGGGCCAUUAUCAACCCACUUUUAGGAAUGGAUAAUUUGAAUAUCCACCUGGAUACUCCGACAGAGAUCCUCCAUACAGUGCUACUGGGCGUUGUCAAAUACUUCUGGGGCCAGACAAUUUUCUUACUCGACAAAGCAAAAACACUUGAUACAUUCCACCGCCGUCUUGACUCUUUUGACAAAGAAGGUUUGAAUGUGCCAUCCAUGAGUGCUGACUACAUCUGUUAG